AUCCGAACGGUCGACGGCGUUCAGUAGCGGUAGUGCAGCGACAGCGAUCGAAACGAUUUUCCCGGAGAGAAGUUUCCUGAACACGACGACAAUAUUCCGUCGUACACACAUAUAGUCUCUCCGCGCCAAGUCGACUACGUAGAUUUCCUUGUACAACUAUAAUACACACAAUAAAUUUACUACUUUUACAAAGAUGUCUCAUAUCAAUAAUUUCAAGACAAUGUUGACCAUUGCCAUGGUUGUGGGUGUAGCGCUUGCUGCUCCCAGUGCAGACAAAUCUGAUCAGAGUAACGAAAUCAUUCAAUCCGGAUCGUUCAUCAGCAAAAACGGUGACUCCGUGUCCGCAUCUUGGGGAGGUUUCCACGCGGCUGCUUCCCUGGCUGACGACGGUAGUGCUGUUGCUUCCGCCGGCGGAAACGGUCUUGGUGCCGGUGCUGGAUACGGUACAGGAGGUGCUGGAGCCGGAGCCGGUGUCGGAUUCGUCGGUGCUAGCGACUUUGCGUCGACCGGAGGGCCAAUGAAGCCGGCUGUCGGAGGAUACGGUAACAGCGGAAAACCCGAUUCGCAUUACUCGGGAGUUGGAGCUGUAGCCGGACCCGGAGUCGGCGGCAACGCCGGCGGUUUAUUCGACAGAAUUUUCGCCAUUCCCAUCAAUGUAUUACAGUCUGUCAAUACGUACUUAAACCAGAAACAAAUGCAUCAAGGACAAACAGGAGCCGUUCACGGUCACCACCAGAGCAGCGGUGUCGCCUCCUCCGCUUCCGCAUCCGCCGUGUCUGGCAGUGCCACGUACGGCAGCGAUGACAAAGUUCCGGUAGCGACUUUCGUCGGUGCCGAUUACGGACACGAGUCUGCUGGAGCCUCCGUACACGGAAAAGCCGGAGCUCCCAUGAUGGUACACACAAAAACAAAUUACAAUGAAAUAUUCAACAUCCCGAUCACCGCAUUGAGAUCCGUCCAGAACCUGUUGAACGGUUAACUCGUCGCAGUGACCAAAUCAUGAUGGUGGUGGUUGGAAGGAUGUUGAAGGACUUAACGUAGUCGAAGGACUAUGUUAUGUACAACGGCGGUGUCCACUGAAGUCGGCGCUCGACGACGCAACCACACACACACAAUCUCUCUCUCUUUCUCGCUCACACACACUCACAUACAAACACACAACACACACCCACACACAGUCUUCAUCGUUAUAGAGCAUUGUAAUCUGUAAUAUUAUUUAUUACAAUAGUGUGUAACGUGUAGUCUAUAUGUAGCUUUGUGCUGUGUGUACAUACUAUUUUUAUAUUUAUUAUUAUUAUUAUUAUUAUUAUUUUUUUUUUUAGUAUACAAUAUAAUAUUAUAUUUGUAUAUACACCUAUAUGUAGUGAUUUUUUUUUAAACGUAAGACACCUAUGUAAUAUACAGACGUGUCUUGUGACGAAUAAAUCACACCAUAUAUUAUAUACAUAUAUUUCUAUAUUAUAUAACAUAUUAUUGUAAUAGUAUAUAUAUAUAGUAAUGUUUUUCUUUUAUUCAUACUACAACACUGAUUAUUCAUUAUGUAUGCAUGUGAAGUACUAUGAAAUGUUAUUAAAAGCAUUAAGUAAUAAUAUAGUAAUACUAUGCAUGUAUAUUACGUAUGUACCUACCGCUGGCUAAUUUUUGUAUUCAAAGUAUUUUUUCUAUUAUUAUUAUUAUUAUUAUUUAUACGUGAUUUUUAAAUAAUCAUUGAAUAAAAAUAUGUUUUUAAUUUA